AUGUUUAUCUCUGCCAAAAUAUCAUCUAUUGUUCGAUUUGCCUAUCUCAAUUUUUACUCUCAAUCUCAGUGUCAGAGGUCGCCAUUCACUGUUUUUCAGCCUCGUCUCAUAGACCCUUGCAGCGGCGGUGAAUUAGUGCUGGUCCCAGAACAAGAAAUAUGGGAAGGAAGGAUAGUUUUGUUCACUAUACUUGCUGAUCACGAUCUAUCUAUCUAUCUAUCUAUCUAUCUAUCUAUCUAUCUAUCUAUCUCAUUCCGUUCAUUAUCUAUUUCACUAGCUAGCUCACUGUGUUCAUAUCUAUCUUUCUGUCUAUCUAUCGAUCUAUUUAUCUGUUCCAUUAUCUAUUAUCUAUCUAUCUAUCUAUCUAUCUAUCUAUCUAAUUCCCUUCUUCAUCUAUCUCAGUCUGUUUUUAUCUAUCUAUCUAUCUAUCUAUCUAUCUAUCUAUCUAUCUAUUCAGUUCUUUAUCUAUCUCAAUCUAUUUUUAUCUAUCUAUCUUAUGGUGUUGCUAUCUAUCUGUCUAUCUAUCUAAUUCCCCUCUUCAUCUAUCUGUUUUUUUAUCUAUCUAUCUAUCUAUCUAUCUAUCUAUCUAUCUAUCUAUCUAUCUAUCGAUCGAUCGAUCUAAUACUGUCCUUUAUGUUUUUCAGUCUGUUUAUAUCUAUCUAUCUAUCUAUCUAUCUAUCUAUCUAUCUAUCUCAUUGUAUCCCUAUUUAUCUAUCUAUCGAGGCAAGUUUCAUUGAAUGA